AUGGCUGUGAACGGCAUUUUAUUUUACAUGGUUGUGGUCGCGAUCCUUUUCAGAUAUCAUAAUGGGGUCGUGGGCUUAAAAAGUUUGGGAACCCCUGGUAUAUAUUAUGCUUGCAGUAACUAAACUGGCCAUGAGAAAGAGGCAGCUUUCCUAUAAAGUACUGUACUGACAAAGUCAGUAAGAUAAUGCUGACUUGAUAAAACCUGGACCUUCCCAGUUUCCCUACGUGAUUCUUGCUGGAAGGUUCAAUUGACUGGUUACACAUUAACUAGAGGAGCUGCAGUAUGUUGUCUCAUUAUCAAAUCUUUCUGUUCUCAUAUGGCCACUCAGUAGCAUUUAGCUCUAGUAAGUGGGUAAAUGGUAUGAGAACAGAAAGAUUUGAUAAUGAGACAACAUACUGCAGCUUGGUAUGAAUAAUAUUUGAGGCUAUAGUGGUACAUAUACAACAAAACAGGACAUUAAUUUAUACACACGGUGCCGUGGCUGAGUAUUGGAGAGGGACAAGACACAGAGUUGUUCUGGGACUAUUUGACUGUUAAGGAAUACGAUUUCGCCACCAUCACCAUGGGAACAGUUGGAUCAAAACCAGGAAAGCAGAAACAGAGCACAGGGGAUUCAACAAAGAAGGGUUAUGACUCAACUGCAGAGCAAGAAAACCCUUUACAGACAGAAACUCAUCUCAAACUAUCUCCAAAGAAAGAAAUAUUUCAAGCACGCUCACAUGAAGAGGAUGUUACUCUGGAUAUGGACACAGCUCACCCUAAGCUGAAGAUAGAUGGGAAAUCACUACAGUGGACUAAUGAAUCACCACAGAGAAAAGUUGACAUUGAGAAUUGUUUUAAUGAUGAGCCUUUUGUGUUGGGCAAUAUUGGAAGUCCUUUGAAGACUUACUGGGAGGUGAACGUAAAGGAGAAGGAUGACUGGGUGCUUGGCGUUGCCAAGGCAACAGCUAACAGGAAGGGGACGUUGGUUUUCAGUCCAAGUAAUGGCUUCUGGGUAAUCAGACUAUCCAAUGGAAAAAGACUUAAAGCCAUGGAGGAUGAAGAACAUGUUCUUGAGAAAGGUAUUCCAGAUAAAGUCGGUAUCUAUCUAGAUUAUCAGGAAAGGAAGGUGACUUUCUUUAGUACAGAAGAAGGCUCGCUCAUCUACUCAUUUAUCAAUGGACCAAGUUAUCAGGAUGAUGUCCGUCCACUUUUCUCACCCUGGAACAAUGAUGCAAAACCAAUCACAAUUUUGUCCAACACGGCAACAUAGAAAAACAUAAAUGAUUGCAUUCCCUGUCUGUCAAUAUCAUGUCGUGGUUGAAAGCUAUGCGAAUAAUUUUUGAUUAAGUCAUAUCCAGAAUUGUGGAUGACUUUCUAUGAUAAUUUACUGUCAUCUAACCAGGCAUCAACGUUGUGUCCAUAUCCUUUACUAAUGUAUUAAUGCUCCGACAUUCCGACCUGAAGAUUACUGACAUCAUGAUUUGACAUCGUAUUUGUCCGAGUUCCCUGUUGUCUUGAAAGCACUAUAAAACUCAUGGUACCCUUCGCCAGCGGAUAUCUGUGUGAAGCUGGAUUUAAUACUCUCGUCUGCAUUAAAACCAAAUAUCGAUCCAGGUUGGAUGUGACAGCAGAGAUGAGUUGCGCACUAUCGACCACGCCCCCUGACUUUGAGAAGCUCCGGCGCGACAUGCAUUAAGCACAUACCAUCUCAUUAGUGCUGGUGAGAUAAGAUACAUCGGUGGCGACUGUCAUUCAGGGCAGGUGGGGCAGAAACCACGACAGGUGAUUCACCACCUGUUUUUUUGGGGCCUGUUUUGCAUGUUAUUUUCAUACGUGUCACAUAUCAGUUUGCAAACAAUGUAAAAAAAAAAACAACAUUUAAUUAAUAAAGCCUUAUGCAAA